AUGUCCAACAGUAUCGCUGCCCAUUCCAAGGAUCUGCCGCCAGUCCCCAUCAAUCGUACGCUGAUUGUUCGGACGGCCGUUCAGUCGACUGUGCAGGAGCGAGAGGAAAUCCUGAAGCAAAUCGAGUACAAUGUGUUCGCAUUCCCCGCAGAAAUGGUGUAUUGCGACUUCCUCUCCGACUCGGGCACCUCUGCCAUGACGGAUGUUCAGUGGGCUGCCUUGCUGCGUGGUGACGAAGCCUACGGACGCAACGCCGGGUACUAUUGUCUGCUGGACGCCUUUCGGGAUAUUUUCGAGAGGGGAGAUGAUCGUAGGUAUCUGUUUCGUGAUGUCAUGGCCGGAACGAUCGACGGUCAACUAUAUUGCAACACACUGCUGCGACCGAGCCAAGGUGGCUUUGUCAAUGGAGGACAUGUUCAGGUCGCCCGCCCAAAUUUCUACAUUGUGCCGCAAGGCCGUUGCGCCGAGGCGAUUCUAUUCUCAGAGCUGAUGAAUUCUUUUUCGUCCAAGAAUGUCUCGGCUUCGCCCGUUAUUAUCAGCAACGGCUUCUUUGAUACGACCGGGGCCAAUGCUGCUGCCGCUGGCUUCGAGCUGGCAACCUUUCUUCAGUCCGGUCUCCACGAGCAUUUUCAUCCCAAUGAGGUGCCCGGCCAUAAUCCAUUCAAAGGCAAUCUCGACGUGCCGGCGACUCGCAAAUUUUUAGUCGAUAACCACCACCGAACAGCGCUCAUACUCAUUACCAUCACCAACAAUUUUGCCGCGGCGCAGCCUGUGUCCAUGGCCAACAUCAAGGCCGCAGCAUCACUAGCUAAGGACUUUCAUAUUCCAUGCUUUUUCGAUGCUUGCCGCUUUGCUGAGAACGCUAGGUUCAUACAAGAGUUCGAGCCUGGGUAUGCCGCCCGUUCGAUCGCCGAAAUAGUCAAAGAGAUGUUCAGUCUCGCAGACGGUUUCACUAUAAGUCUUAAAAAGGACGCCAUGUCGAAUAUGGGCGGUGCCCUUGCUAUUCGCGACAAUGGCUGCCUGAUGAGGAAUUUUGAAGACAUCGGUGUUCGGCUCAGAGAACGGCAAAUUCUAGAGUAUGGGAACGAAUUUUACGGCGGGAUGAGCGGCCGUGACAUGAUGGCUGCAGCUGCAGGCCUGUACGAGGCUACCAAGGAGUCUUUUUUGAGGAGCCGCAUCGGACAGGUAAGAUCUUUUGCGCAGAAACUUCACUCCGCCGGAGUACCGAUACUGUGGCCGCCAGGAGGGCAUGCCGUAUAUCUGGAUAUGAGUGCAUUCUUCGCCAAUUGCUCGCGGUCGCCGGGUGACUUUGCCUCUGUGGGAUUCACAAUCGAGCUUUUACUCCGGUAUGGCAUUCGAGCCGCCGAGGAUGGACCAUUUACUUGGGAAUGGGACAAGAAGCAGUCUGAAGAGGAGCGAGACGCCAUUUCUGACCUGGUCCGCUUUGCCGUUCCCCGGAACUCGAUGAAUGACGGUCAUAUUGACUACACCGUGGCGGCCGUUUCUAAGCUAUAUCAACAGCGCCAUCUCCUUCCCAACGUGAGAAUUGUGAGGGGAAAACACCUUCGUAUCCGUCACUUCCAGUGCGGAUUUGCUCUCGUCCCUGCAAGUAGGAGCAAUGGGAGCCAGUCUCCAACGAAUAAAACUUUUUUGUCGACGUCAGAGGCUCAAAUAAGAUUACUUGGUCGUUCUCUCUCGUUCAAUGACGCUUCCGUCGAAGUCUUGGUCCGAGAAAUGCAACUCGCAAUGGGCGGCUGGGGAGCCAGAGUCGUCAGCAAAACUACCGGCGGGCACCUCUCCAAUGUUGGACUGGACCAUUCCCCCAUCGAAUAUUCAAUCUCCUUUGAUUUUCAUACCGGAACGCCCCAGCUUCGAUUCUUGAUCGAAGCGCAGCCGCCAGAAGACGUGGCCGAAGUGAAGCUAGCAGAUUUCCAAUUGGCCACUUUGGAAUUCAACCGUACUUUGAGCCAGCGACAGGAUGACGCACUUUCAUUCGAACGGUUCGAAAAGAUAAGAAGCUUGUUCUUCCCAGAGAUCGAUGAUGCGCAAAACGUUUCUGGCUUCGCGGCUUGGCACAGUGCCUGUAUUUCGCCUGACAGUAAACGCGCGGACUGGAAAAUUUACCUCAAUCCAGAUGCUCUGGGAACAUCACAACGCGAAUUAGUCGUCCGAGAAUCAUUUGAGCGUCUGGGAUUUGCGCACGCUUUUGAGCAACUCAAGCUGGCAAUGGAGCCUACGGAUCGGUUCUGCUAUUUCUCCCUGGAUCUCCAGAAAGGACGCGACGCUCGCAUCAAGAUAUACAUCCAGCACCCGAAUGCUACGGCUCAAAGUCUUGCCGACAUGGCUCAAAAGGUUUGCUUGUACUUGACAGCAGAUGAUCGAGAUGACAUCGUUGCCUUUGUCCGCACCAUGAGCGGCAACACAACGGGUCCCUUCCAGCGCAAGCCCAUGCUGACUUGCUUCGCCUUCACGACAGAUCGCGUAGAACCAUCGGUCACUGUUCAUUUCCCCGUGUCCGAAUAUGCGAGGAACGAUGCUCAGAUACACCGCAGAGUUGUCGAGUACUGUUUAAAAAAGGCUCCAAUGGUGCUGCCGCAUUAUGUGCGAUCUACCGAAGCCCUGAGGCAGCGUUCGCUGUCCGAUGGGCGUGGUCUGCACAGCUGGGUGUCGUUGAAACAAAGUCCGAAUGGCAGCCAUGGGCUGACUUUCUACCUAUCGGCUGAGCUGUUCGGACCCUUGCCAAACUUGGAGCAGUAA